AUGGAAUCUAAUGAAGAAAACGUUUUACAACCAAAUAUUGAUAAUGAAUGGAAUAAUAUAGAUAAUAAUAAUAUUGAAGAAAUUGAAGAAAUUGAAGAAAAAAAUAUUAGAGGCAGAAGAAGAGGUAGAGGUAGAGGUAAAGACAGAGGCAGAGGCACGGGUAGUAGUAGUGGUAGUAGUAGAGGAAUAGACCAUAACAAUGAAGAAGAACAGAUUAUACAACUUCCAGUUCCACCUUUUUUUAAUAUUCUACAUGCAUCACUUUAA